CUCAUGCAUGAGUGGAUAUAAUGUAACAGACCCAAUCCUCCCUAUAAACAGCAAUAACACAUGCAAAGAUAUUUAUGAAUGUCUUGACUCAGUAUCAGUGUGUGGACUGAACUCUUACUGUUACCAUUACAACGGAAGCUUCUCGUGCUUUUGUUGGGAAGGAUAUAAUGUUUCAGAUGUAAAUAAAGAUGUUUCCAAAAGUAACCCAUGCAUUGAUAUAAAUGAAUGUCUGUUCAGUUCAUCUGUAUGUGGUCCAAAUGCCAACUGCACGAAUGAAAUAGGAAGUUACAAUUGCUCAUGUUUGGAUGGAUUCACUGCAACAAAUUCAAUUCUCCGCAUCAACAUCAAUAACACUUGUAGAGAUGUGGAUGAAUGUGUUGAGAUAUCAGAUGUCUGUGGUCCAAACUCAAUCUGUAACAACACUGUUGGGAGUCACAAUUGUUCAUGCAUGAGAGGAUAUAAUGUAACAGAUCCAAACCUUCCUAUAAACAGCUAUAACCCAUGCAAAGAUAUUUAUGAAUGUCUUGAUUCAGUAUCAGUGUGUGGGCCAAACUCUCACUGUUACAAUUACAAUGGAAGCUACUCAUGCUUUUGUUGGGAUGGAUAUAAUGUCCGUGAUGGAAAUACAGCUAUUAGUGAAGACAACCCAUGCACUGAUAUAAAUGAAUGUCUGUUCAGUCCAUCUGUAUGUGGUCCAAAUGCCAACUGCACAAAUGAAAAGGGAAGUUACAAUUGCUCAUGUCUGGAUGGAUUCACUGCAACAAACUCAAGUCUCACCAUCAGCGUCAAUAACACAUGCACAGAUGUGGAUGAAUGCUUUAAGAUACCAGACAUCUGUGGUCCAAACUCAAUCUGUAACAACACUGUUGGGAGUCACAAUUGUUCGUGCAUGAGUGGAUAUAAUGUAACAGAUCCAAACCUCCCUAUAAACAUCAAUAACACAUGUGAAGGUAUGAUUGACAACUGA